AUGGAAUUUCCCAUUGUCAAGCGCAUCAAUGAAUGCUUCAUCAAACCAAAGUUAGAACAAUAUUCCAAUGAACCAUAUUUCUUAACUUUAUGGGAUUUAAGAUUGCUUUCUAUUCAUUCCAAUCAAAAAGGUCUUUUAUUCACUAAACCUUCACCAAAAGAUAAUGAGUCUUUCUCAUUUGAUAACCUUUUAGAGAGUCUUAAGGACUCUCUUGCUCUCACCCUUGUCCAUUUCUAUCCCUUAGCCGGUCAGCUCACCACACGAAUCGACGAAGACCAACAAAAAUGUGUGGUCUUCGUCGAUUGUAACAAGGGUCCUGGAGCUCAAUUCCUCCAUGCUACCCUCGAUAUGACCGUGUCCGAUAUACUCUCACCUACCUACAUCCCUAAGGUUGUACACUCGUUAUUCGAUAAUGAUAAGUGUACCGAGGUUAACUUAGAUGGGCGGUCUAGGCCAUUGUUAUCGAUCCAAGUUACCGAGUUGGUAGAUGGUGUAUUCAUAGGCUGCUCCAUGAAUCAUGCAAUUGUUGAUGGAACCUCAUUUUGGCAUUUUUGGAAGGUAUGGUCCGAGAUACACAACGCGAAUUCAAGGCCGAUUUCUAUCUCACGCCCACCGUUACUAAUAGGCAAAGAUUCACCCAUUUUGCUAUCUUUAAACAAUAACGAACUCGAGGAGUUUGUUGUUCGAUACGAACCUCCACCCGAGUUGAUGGAGAGGAUGUUUCAUUUUACGUCACAGUCAAUGAAGAGGCUAAAAGCGAAAGCCAACAAAGAUAGUGUUAACAACGGUAGUGGUGUUAUAAUCUCUUCUUUACAAGCACUUGUCGCGCUUGUUUGGCGUGCAAUAGUUCGAGCUUAUGAACUAGUGUUAUACUACAAAGCAAUAAAACAUAAAUUACUUAUCUCUUGA